AUGGAACUCUAUACCACUAGCACUAAGGACAAUAACCUCACUCUCUGUAUUUAAAUCACAACUCAAAACCUACUUGUUUACCCAACACUAUCAGUCACAACAUGUUCAUCAGACACUCUCCUCAUCCUAUACUACCAGCUAAAUGCAAAUGCUGAGGUGCUCGGGAUUUUUCCUGUGAAGCCGCUAUGGAAAUAUACGUUCAGACUCUCCAGCACAUUCAAAUCAGCAUGCUUCUAAAGAAUUACAGCAACACUGACCAACACAGAGAAUAGAUGUGGAUCAUUUUUAGCACAAAUGAUGUGACAUGCUGAUUGAGGGAUGAGAGCAGAUAUAAUAAUCACAUUGUUUAAAGCUGCAGACAGAAACAUCAGACAGAAACACACGACCUCUAAAUGCAAAUUCUCGCCUGAAUUUUUCAGAAAUGGACCAAGCUCUAUAUUUCAUCCUUCUCAUCGCUCUCUGCUCCGUAUCUGAAUGUGUUCAGCGUCAGUAUCACUUUAUAAACGUGAGGAUGAACUGGACUGAAGCUCAGAGAUACUGCAGAGAGAAUUACACAGAUCUGGCCACCGUUGACAACAUGAACGACACGAACGAGCUGAAGAAGAGUGUGAAUGAUGGAGGUGUUCAGUAUGUCUGGAUUGGGCUGCAGAGGACAGGUCGUGAUAAAUGGCAGUGGUCUUCAGGUGAACCUGUGAUCUAUCUGAACUGGCAUCCUACACAACCAGAAGGCAGAGAUGAUUGUGGAAUGAUGAUGAAUGGACAGUGGCAUGAUUUGCCAUGUAGUGAUAAACGCCAUUUCAUCUGCAACAACACGAACACAGGACCUGUCUUCAUCAAUCAGACGAUGGACUGGAGAGACGCUCAGAGUCACUGCAGACAGAAUCACUCUGAUCUGGUCAGUGUGAGGAACCAGAAUGAGAGUCAACAGGUGGCAAACAUCAUUAGUUCUCAUCAAAUGUCUGGAUCAUGGGUCUGGAUUGGUCUGUCCAGAGUCAGAGACUUAUGGCAGUGGUCAGAUCAGAGUAACUCCUCAUUCAGAUACUGGAAGUCUGGUGAACCCAGCUUGACUAUACAUGGUGAAAACUGUACAGUGGUUGAACCGAACGCUCUGGGACAAUGGGCAGACGUUUCCUGCAAACAAACAUUUCCUUUUGUGUGUCAUGAAGAUAAACUGAUUGUGAUCGAACAGAAUCUGACGUGGUCUGAAGCUCUGAGAUACUGCAGACAGAAUCAUGUGGAUCUGGUCUCGGUUCAUUCAGAAGAGAUGCAGCGUCGUGUGAUGAAUGUGGUUAAACGGGCGUCUACUGCGGCGGUGUGGUUGGGUUUACGUUACUCCCACAUUUUGGGCAUCUGGUACUGGGUGAGCGGAGACACCGUGUGCUAUCAGAACUGGGCUCCAGGGAACGGCACAGCAGUGAAGACCUGUGAGUCUACAGUGAGAUCUGGAGCAGUUCAGUCUGGAGGAGAUCAGCGCUGGAUCAGCCGUCCUGAGACUGACAAACUCAACUUCAUCUGCAGCAGAUAUGAAGAGUGAAUCGAUACUUUCAUCUAAGAUCGUGUUCACUUUUUUAUAACUUCUUUUCCAUGUAUCACUUAAUUUGGAAAGUAUAAUAUCUAAUAAUUUCAACCUCAGGC